AGAUGGGAGGAGAGAGAAUGGGAGGAGGAGGAGGAAGAGUUUAGGGGUUAUUCAAUGGCAUUUUUGUGUAAAUACAUCAAAAUUUUAAAGGGUAGUGGGUCUUUUGGGGUGGAGUGGAGCUGUGGAGCAGCAAAAACCCAGCUCCACCCCCGUAGUACAAAUUUGUGGAGCUGCUCUGCCAACUCCGCUCCAAAAAACAGAGAAUUUGUACCGUUUGGCAUAGCUCCAGCUCUAGGUAAGUUGGAGUUGGGAGCUGGAGCUGUGCCAAAUAGGGUCUAAGUGUAAAUUAAGUUUCUUGGUGGUUUUAGGAGGUGGUAGUUUUGGUUGAGGGUGGUGCCACGUGAGUAUGUGACAUUGACUUGAUCAUCGUGCAAAUAUUCAUGGGCUGAUUCUUAUGGGCCGAAUCACAUAAGCAACGUUUUUCAAACAAAACAAUGGUGGUUGGUUGUAACGACUAAGGACGACCUUCCGUCUAUUUUGGUCGUUGCAAAGCAAGGUACGUGCGAUGGACACGGCGUCCGAGCAUCUCGGCGUCUUGGAUUGGCUGCUACCCUCCUCCGAAGGUGCAAGGUGCUAUAAGAAGAGGAGGGUUGCAUGCGUGCUUGGAUGCUUGCAUUGCCUCCAUCCUAGCUAGGUAGCUAUAUCGUCGUCAUUAAUUGGAGCUAGCUAGGGAGGCAGCAGGCAGAGCGCAGGGGGGCGGCCGGGCGGCGAGGGAACCAUGAGCAAAGGUGCUAUCAUCGGCGCUUCCACCGUGCUGGUGGUGGCGGUGGUGGCAGCCGUGUGCGUGGUGUCGUUCAAGAACGGCGGCGGCGGCAAGGAGGAUGGCGAGCUGUCCACGUCGGUGAAGUCGGUGAAGGCCUUCUGCCAGCCGACGGACUACCAGCAGACGUGCGAGGAGGAGCUGGGGAAGGCCGCCGGCAAUGGCGCCAGCUCGCCGACGGACCUGGCCAAGGCCAUGUUCGCCGUGACGUCGGAGAAGAUCUCCAAGGCCAUCAGCGAGUCGUCGACGCUGGAGGAGCUCAAGAACGACAAGCGCACGUCGGGCGCCCUGCAGAACUGCAAGGAGCUGCUGGAGUAUGCCGUGGACGACCUCAAGACGUCGUUCGAGAAGCUCGGGGGGUUCGAGAUGACCAACUUCCACAAGGCCGUGGACGACCUCCGCACCUGGCUCAGCGCCGCCCUCACCUACCAGGGCACCUGCCUCGACGGCUUCCUCAACACCACCACCGACGCCGCCGACAAGAUGAAAAGCGCCCUCAACAGCUCGCAGGAGCUCACGGAGGACAUCCUCGCCGUCGUCGACCAGUUCUCCGCCACGCUCGGCAGCCUCAACAUCGGCCGCCGCCGCCUGCUCGCCGACGACGGCAUGCCGGUGUGGAUGUCGGAGGGCGGGAGGCGGCAGCUGCUGGAGGCGGCGGGGCCCGAGGCCGGGCCCGUGGAGUUCAAGCCGGACGUGACGGUGGCGGCGGACGGGAGCGGCGACGUGAAGACGAUCGGCGAGGCGGUGGCGAAGGUGCCCCCGAAGAACAAGGAGCGGUACACCAUCUACGUGAAGGCCGGGACGUACAAUGAGUACGUGUCGGUGGGGCGGCCGGCGACGAACGUGAACAUGAUAGGCGACGGCAUCGGGAAGACCAUCAUCACGGGGAACAAGAACUUCAAGAUGAACCUGACGACCAAGGACACGGCGACGAUGGAGGCGAUCGGGAACGGCUUCUUCAUGAGGGGGAUCACGGUGGAGAACACGGCGGGGCCGGAGAACCACCAGGCGGUGGCUCUCCGCGCGCAGAGCGACAUGGCGGUGUUCUACCAGUGCGAGUUCGACGGGUACCAGGACACGCUGUACCCGCACGCGCAGCGCCAGUUCUUCCGCGACUGCACAGUGUCGGGGACAAUCGACUUCAUAUUCGGGAACUCGCAGGUUGUUCUUCAGAACUGCUUGCUCCAGCCUCGUAAGCCGAUGGACAACCAGGUGAACAUCAUAACGGCGCAGGGGCGGCGGGAGAAGAGGUCGGCGGGAGGGACGGUGAUCCACAACUGCACGGUGGCGCCGCACCCGGACCUGGAGAAGUUCACGGACAAGGUGAAGACGUACCUGGCGCGGCCGUGGAAGGAGUACUCGCGGACCAUCUUCGUGCAGAACGAGAUCGGGGCGGUGGUGGAUCCGGUGGGGUGGCUGGAGUGGAACGGCAACUUCGCCCUGGACACCCUCUACUACGCGGAGGUUGACAACCAUGGCCCCGGCGCCGACAUGAGCAAGCGCGCCAAGUGGAAGGGCGUCCAGUCCCUCACCUACCAGGACGUCCAGAAGGAGUUCACCGUGGAGGCCUUCAUCCAGGGCCAGGAGUUCAUCCCCAAGUUCGGCGUCCCUUACAUCCCCGGCCUUCUCCCCCAGACGCAGCAGGGCAGGAUGCACUAAUUUUUCACUCCUGUACUAUAACCAUCAUCGCCCCAGCCCCCAGCCCGGACCUACGUACUACACACUAUAUAUGGAUCUUCGAUCUCUCACUCACCUGCAUCAAUUGCCGGCCCCCAUUAUUUAUUUUCA